AUGGUGUUGCUACGCAGGUCUACUAAGGGAGCGUCUAAAGCCAGGAGGGACCAGAUCAACUCUGAGAUCAGGAACAUGAGAACUCUGCUCCCCAUCCCUCAGGAGGACCAGGACAGACUGUCAUACCUCCACAGCAUGGCGGUUAUCACAGCAUACAUCAGGAAGAGCUUUCUGUAUAAGGGAUUAUCAGCUGAUCAGAGUCGUCUCUCCUCUUCCUCCUCCUAUCCUCUGUAUGAGACCUUCCUCCCAGCCGUGCAUGGUUUCAUUGUGAUCCUCUCCUCCCGGGGCAGGCUGGUCUACGUCUCUGAGAACGUCUCUGAUUACCUGGGGCUCUCCAUGGUUGAUGUUCUUCAGGGAGACACAUUCUAUGACCUGGUGGAGAGUCAGGACGUGGAGACAGUUAGAUCUAACCUGGAGACAGACAACACAACGUCAACUGCAGAGAGGAGUUUUGUGUGUCGGAUGCACACCUCCAAGGCCUUCAGACUAGAGUACGGUAACUGCUGUUCUAUAAUGGUCCGAGGACGCUACCAGACCAUCCCACAAUCCCCCCAGUCCACCCCCACAUCCUCCCCAGACCGUGGCCGAUCUGCCCCCCCUGUGGACAGGGUGUUCUUGGCUCUCUGCACACCCACAGUGAACCACCUGGGCAACAGCAUCUUCUCCUCCUGCUCCUCCUCCUUCACCAGCCUCCAUAGACCAGACAUGAGCUUCAGUCACCUGGACGAAAGUGUUGUGUUUUACUUGGGCUACUCAUCGGAGGAGCUGAUUGGUCGAUCGUGGUACAGCCUCCUCCACCCUGAAGACCUCUCCUUGAGUGCCUACUCACAUAAGAGUCUGAUGCAGGCAGACGAGGGUAGGCAGAUGGAGAUGGUUCUGAGGCUCCAACACAGCGACCUCUCAUGGUCCUGGAUCUACACUAGAGCCGCUAAGCAUUCUGGGAACCAGGAAGUGAGCUGCUGUAACUACAUUAUCAGUGAAACAGAAGCCAUGUAUCUGAGGAAAAACAUCCACAGCGAUGCUUUCAGAGCCUCUCCUCCUCAGCCCUACUGCCCCUCUCCCACCCCCCAGCUGACCCAGAGCUGUUGCCCCACCAGGGACCUAAAGAGACAGAGAGCAUUCAGCCAGUGCAGUAGUAUAUCUGAGACUGAGAACAGGUCUAAGACCAGCAGGAGACAGAGAGCAGAGUCUAAUGCUGUGUUCUACGUGACAUCAUGUAGCUCCUCCUCCCAGGCCUCACCUGUCGCCGCCUUCUCCACCCCUCCCUACAGCCCCACCUCCUCCCACUACAGCUCCUCCCACUCUCCAUCACAGCAGGACGACACCAGCUCUGACUCUCUGUUGGAUGUGUAUGGCUACACAGAGAACUUAACCUCUUACUACCAUUGCCCUGGGGGAGGGACUGAGGUAGGGACUGGGCCUUCCUGCCUCCUCUCCCCCUCUAGGUCCUUCCAGCCUGGCUCGGAGCAGUCCUUCCACCAGGGUAUAUUCAGCCAGACUGACGCAUUCUCUCCUCAGUCCUGCCCUUCUUCUCCCCAGCAUGAUUGCCCAGCAUGCCCUGCUGAUGCCCGGCUGGUCCCUGACUGUCUAUCUGUAUCAGACCUGUUAGAGAGUUCAGCAGACUGCCCCAUCACCAUCCAUACUGAAGACUACAGCCUCUCUGUUCAGCCACAAGGUGGUGCCACCAGUCCAUACAGCCUCUCGGUUCAGCCACAAGGUGGUGCCACCAGUCCAUACAGCCUCUCGGUUCAGCCACAAGGUGGUGCCACCAGUCCAUACAACCUCUCGGUUCAGCCACAAGGUGAUGCCACCAGUCCAUACAGCCUCUCGGUUCAGCCACAAGGUGAUGCCACCAGUCCAUACAGGCUCUCGGUUCAGCCACAAGGUGAUGCCACCAGUCCAUACAGCCUCUCGGUUCAGCCACAAGGUGGUGCCACCAGUCCAUACAGCCUCUCGGUUCAGCCACAAGGUGAUGCCACCAGUCCAUACAGCCUCUCGGUUCAGCCUCUAGGUGAUGCCACCAGUCCAUACAGCCUCUCGGUUCAGCCUCUAGGUGAUGCCACCAGUCCAUACAGCCUCUCGGUUCAGCCACAAGGUGGUGCCACCAGGACAUACCAGAGCCACCAUAUACCUCAGACUGUCGCUCCUCCUAUUAGAGGCCUGCUGACCCCUAACCCCUCCCCGACCUCCGACCUCUCCUUCCUCUACAGUGACAGAGACAAGGUAGAGAUCAGUAUCCUAGCCCAGCAGAUCUCCUCUCUGGCCUCCAGCUUCGACCUGUUCAACACCCUGAGCCCCAUCCAGACCCCACAUCAGCCCAGCUCAGAACCCCUUCCCUGGGCACAGCUCCCAGGUCACUCCCCUGUCCCCCUCUGCAUCAAGCCAGAGCUGGUGCUGGAUGAGGGAGUGUUUGAUAGUCUCCUGAAGGAUCUGAGCAUGGUUCAGGGACCUGGGAGUCUGUCUCACUGCUACCAACCUCAGGACCCUUCCACCCUGGCUCUGUCUUCUCUAGUGGACCCUCUAUCCAUGGAGCAGUCAUGCCGCACUCUCUCCCUCCCCCUGGAACUCCCCUCAUCCCUCUCUCUCUCCCUCCCCCUGCAACACCCCUUGUCCCUCUCUCUCUCCCUCCCCCUGGACCCAUUUCACCCUAACCUGGAUCCCUUCUCUCUGAGGACAAGCUGUCAUAAUCAGACCUCUGAGUUGCAUCAACUCAACCUGCCCCACAGUCUCCAUCAAGAUGGGCUUGUUGAAGAAUCCAUGUACUGAUGUGAGUCUGAAUAGACUUACAGCCCUCGUAUGGCAUAUUGUCAUGACUACCAAGUCUUCCAGCCAGAGUCCAAAAUGAAGACUUUUAAAAUAAGAAAUACCUUUUAAAGACUUCUACAAUAUUUAGUAGUUGGUACUUUUCAAGGGAACAUGUUUCCCAAAUAUCUAUUAUUUUUGUAAAUUAAAUUGUGAUGAGAGGAAGUGAAUCUUAUCCAGUGGACCAAACUGCUGAGGAGCUUGUUACUAUUUUGUUGUUGAGUUAACUAUAUUGAUACCUGUUGACUGCUGUAAUUCACCAUCUGUGUUGAUGAUGAUGUUGUCCUGAUUCUGGUAGCAUUGUACUCCACUGUUACCAUCUAGAAAACUGACGAUCAGAUAUGUAGAAUUGAUGUUUCUGUGAAUGUCGAGGGACCGUGAUGAUGAUUUACUACUGAGCACUUUCUGGAUGUGUUUGAGCUGUUUGAGAGAAUGUCACAUGUGGGACGCGACGUGGAGACCUCCUCCCAGAGGAGGUUGAAGCAGAAUAGUAGAUUCUAAAGUGCGACCCAAAUGACACACUAUUCCCUGUAUAGUGCACUACUUUUGACCAGAGCCCUAUGGAGAUAUAGGGUGCCAUUUGAGAAACAUCCUUAGGUGUUAAAAAGAUAAUGAAGUAACUACCUCAGUAAUGCCACUACAUUCAUUCCUAGCCUGAAACUACUGUUUAGUAAGUGUGUGUAUUUAUUGGUAGAGAUGACUGUUAUACAUAUUGUUUCAUUCCCGUGUUUGUCUACUAGUUGUGCUACUGAAAACUCUUUGUUUGUAACCAUUGGUAACCAUUAUUCAGUACAUUUGUCUAGAAUACAUAUGUUGUUUUGAUAAAAUGCUGCUUGGUUGGAUGUAAUUGUACAAAAGCAAAGUAUUUUUGCAAUUGGUUUUCUAAUUUUUAAAAUGCAAGUUAUUAAAACGCAUAAAAUAUGAUUGUGAUGUGAUAUCUUAGUUAUGACAAAAUAAAAAAGCUACAAGACAA